AUGUCAGUACAACGCUUCUAUCUCCUCGGAGAACCGACUUCUAGCGCCAAAGACAUCGAGGUGGGCGCUAUUCGCACCCUGGUCGACCUCAAAGACUUGCUGGCAGCCCACUUCGCUGUCGUAGAGCCCAAUGGCAUUGGAUUCCAACUCGAGGAUACCAUCCUAAACGGACUCUCCGAAGUUACCGGCGCCAAUGGUCCCGUUGCCAUUACGAUUGACGGCAAUCCCGUUCGCGAACCGUCCGGGCCCAAGGGAUUGCCCAUGGUGGGCAACUUCCUCCAAAUUUACCCAGACCACUUGGGGAACCACCAGCGCCUGUUUGAACAGUACGGUCCGAUUAUCAAGACUACCAGUCUUGGUCGGGUAAUCUACCAGACCAACGACCCGACCCUGUCUGCCAUCGUGCUGGCCGAGUCGGACUUCUUCUCCAAAGUGAUCAACGACUCCCACCCGCUGGCUGCUCUCAAGACGCGCGAUGCGGGCAUCUUCCUGGGGGACACCGAUACCCCCGAGUGGCGCAUCACGCACAAGUUCCUGCCCCCGGCCCUGGGGCCCAAGGCCGUGCGACACUAUGCUCCGACCAUGCAGCAAACAGUGGAGGACUCCUUCAAGGUGUUCGAUGCCUUCGACGAGCAGGGCGAGGCAUGGAACGUCUACCAGUACAUGUUAAAGCUGGGGUCGCAGGCUGUUGGCAAGCUCACUCUGGGUUUCGACUUCAACCACUUCACCUCCCCCGACGCCCCGCUACAUGAGAUGGUCGACGGCAUCGCCGAACUGCUGUCGCUGAACAAGAAGGUCACCUCCCGCGGUGACUGGUACGCCAAGCUGCCCUUCGGGGACCCCCAGCACCUGCGCAAGCUGCGAGCUCGCCUGGAUGAGAUGGUCGCCGAGCAGAUCCGGCAAGCGGAGCGCGGAGGUGUGGUUGAUCUGCCCCUGCAGGAUGCCGCUCUCCGCGCAUCCAACAUGGUUGACUACGCCGUCCGUGCGGUUGACAACAAGGGUGAGAAGCUGCCGCAGUCUAGCUUAAUCCCGGCGCUGUUCGUGGCCACGGCGGCCGGUUUCACGACGACGAGCUCACUGCUGUCGUGGCUGAUCUACGCGAUGGUCACCUACCCGGGAGUGCAGGACCGCCUGCUGCAGGAGCUGAUCGACAAUGACAUCGACGAGAACACCCCGAUCACGGCGGACUUGACGGACAAACUAGAUUACGUGGACAAAUUCAUCAAAGAGACGCAACGACGACACAACCCGUCGUACCAGCCGGGACGCACCGCCCAGCUAGACCUCAUCCUGCCUGGGGGGUACAAGAUCCCCAAGGACAGUGUCGUGGUGGCCGCGCUUCACCACAUCCACAUGAACGCCGACCACUGGGACAACCCGCAACAGUUCAACCCCGACCGGUGGGACACGGAGCAGGUCAAGAACCGACACAAGGCGUCCUACAUCCCAUUCGCCACGGGGCAGCGCAUGUGCAUCGGCUUCAACUUCGCCCUGCAGGAGAUUAAGGUGUUCCUGCCCAAGUUGGUGUACCGGUACAAGUUCAUCCGCGAGGGUCAGGAGCCUAUUGAGUACGAUCCCAUGUUCCAGCUGAUCCGUCCCAACAAUCUGUACGUUCGGGCCGAGCGACGCGUCAAGUGGCCGCCCAAGACGGAGUCGACGGCUGCGGCGUGA